GCACAUCAAGUGACUUCCCAUCCCGAAGGCUCUUUAUCUCAAUCAUCAUCAUCACCUUCCUGCACGGCGAUGGAGAAGUAGCCCGUGAUCCGCUUCUUUUGUCUCUUCGUCAUCACAUGUGGAGGAGCGAACCUUCUGACGAACCCAAAAAGGUGGCGGGCACUAUUACUUGUAUAGCUAUAAUUCCUCUCCAAACAUUUCACCAGCGUGCGUUCCCAAGCGUGCAAGUUGGAAAAGAAAAAGUUGGCAUUGAAGUUGCAUGUGCAACACCGAGCUGGAAUAUGACUUCAAGUUGAGCAUCCUUUGAGGAUAUUUGCGAGAGAGGGAAAAAAAAUCUGACAACUGUAUCAAGUGUAGGAACUUCCGUUCAAAAGGAUAUUAAAGAUGAUGCUCAGUCCGGACCAAGCCGAGGCGGAUCUGUCGUGGACUCAAUCUGACCCGGAGACACUGCUGAGCGGCCUCAAGUCGGCUGGAUGCUCGUCCGAGGAGCUCGGGGAGGGCGACGAACGGGCCAACAAGUGUCGGGCGGAUCAGCCUCUAAGCCGCGAGGAGAAGCGGCGACGGCGGCGGGCCACCGCCAAGUACCGCUCGGCCCACGCCACCAGGGAGAGGAUCCGGGUGGAGGCGUUCAACGUGGCCUUCGCCGAGCUCCGCAAACUGCUGCCUACGUUGCCACCGGACAAGAAACUGUCCAAAAUUGAGAUCCUCAGACUUGCUAUCUGCUACAUCUCCUAUCUCAACCACGUCCUGGACGUUUAAAAAAAACUAAAAAAAAAACAUGACACGUUUGGCCUUUGAGAUUUUAUUGAACAGUGUUUUCUUUUUCUUUUUUCCCCUCAAUUUUCAAAUGUUCCCCUUUGCUCCUCGUAGUGUUAAGCGGGUCAACAAUGAUUUGCAAACAUUUGCAUGAAUAGGACACUCUGUGACGUCACGGAGCGGGGAUCCUGAAGCGUAUGCGUAUGCGUCCCAUUUUAAUUGGAUUGUUCUGUCCACAAAAAGAGUCUCAAAUGCAUAAUGUGGGUAAAUCGGAAACUAGAAAAAUGUCUUAUGAAUUCUAGGUUUCCACGGGGGAAGAAGGAGAAAAUGCGUAAGUGCCACUUAAGACGUAUAAAACGGUGACCUUAAAUUGUUAUUUUAUGAAGUGUACGGAAUUAUUUGUUUAAUUGUGUUGCUAUUUAAGACUACACUUAUUUGUGUUUACCUCGGGCGUAUGUGUAUAUUGAUUUUGCUUCGAUAUCUUAGAUUGUGGAGUUCAACUUGGAAAGUGGUGGUCCUCUUUAAAAUUGCACUUUCUGUUUAUUUAUUUAAUGUGAGUCUGAUGUUUUUAUUAUUAUCAUCACUAUUAUUAUGGUCAUCAUUUGAUGUCUAUUGUCUAUCAAUAGCAACGAUAAGCACUUCAAGAUGGAGCACCUUGGCUCUAUAAAUUAUUUAUUUCCUUAUAGUUAAGAAGGUUAGAAAUGGACCGCUCAUAACUUUCAUUUUAAAAACAAUUAUGGCAAACGGCUUCCAUCACCGAGGGAUUGAUAUAAAUCAACCUCUUUUUUUUGCUGUGACCAAAAAAAAAACCAACAACAAAUAAUUUACACUGAAUUUAUUAUGUUCAAUACUUUGAUGUUAUUGGGGUUUGCGGGGUAUUUGUUUUAUUGUCUCUGCUUUGUAUUUGUAAAUUAAUGAUGUGGUUUUUCUAGUGAAGAGAAAAAAAACAUAUCCUCUAUCCAAAGAUUUUUUUUGUCUCUUCAGGGUUGUGUAGACUACUUGUUGCUUAUAUGCACAUCUUUUGUAGUAGAGCUAUUGUGUGACUGCUGGUUUCUAAAAGACAAACUUUUCAUA